UGUCUUUAGUGUUCAGUACUUCAGUCUGAAUUAUAGACAUAUAAAAUAUAUUGUUUUAUAUUAUAUGUCUAUGGUCUGAAUUCAACAUGUCAUAAAUCAUAAUUCAUGCUGUUUAUAGACACAAUUACAUUGAAGAUUGAAGCAAUACUUUCAUACUCAAUGCAUAGAAUAACGUUAAUGUAGUUCGAAAAUAAAUAGUGUAUAAUUACUACUGGAUUAUUGUAUUAUUAUCAGCAAAAUUAUGUAUUUAAUGAAUUUAAAUUUCUCAGAUAAUAAUUGAUGUUAAUAUUGUUUAAAGAUUAUACCUAUUUUUUUCUUCUACAAAAUGAGAUUUAAUGAAUGAAUUUGAUGUAGGUWAUCAAUCAGUUAUAUAAGGAUACAAGAUGUAUUUAUAUGUUUAAUUUGUAUUUACUUUCCUUGAAUUGGAAAUGUCUUCUUCAGAUAUUGUAUCUUUAGAUGACAACAAUAUAGUGAUAAAUGAUUUACCGAAUGAUACAGAAGCAGCCAUAAGGUAUAUCAAAACAUUGUUACCAGCUACUUUUAAAUAUCCACCAAUUGUAUUUAUUCGUCAACUAUAUGAUAUAGUACAUAAUAAAACAUUGAUAAAUAAAGAGCUGGAGAUAUUAAGAAAACAGUGCAAGAUACAAAAACUCACAAUUGGAACUACUGAUUCUUCUUCAGCCUUAAUAUUAUAUGAAGAUUAUGUUAACUACACAUUAAAUAUUUAUCCAGAAAAUCGUAGUGUCAAAAAAUUUUUAAACGUUAUUUUACCUUCUAUAAAAUCAUUUGGAGUGGAAAAAUGUAUGUUACUGCAAAAAUUUAAAUUGCAGCAAUAUGAAUUGACGGAAUUGAUCAACUGUGGACUUUUAUUGAUUAGAAAUCAAGAAAGUUAUUGGAUUUCUUUUCCAUCAUCUGGUAACUUUAUAAAACGUUACAUUGAAGGUCGAAAAUAUAUCAUUCAAAUAAUCAAACGUAGAAAAUUUCAAGAAAUAUUAGAACAUGACUUAGAAGUUCGUUGUGCUAAGGUAUCAAAGAUAAAAGAACUCGGUUUUAAAUACUUUUUACAUGACAUUAAAGGAUCAGAAGAUAUAAUUAAAAUGAAUACAACAUCAGGAUGUCUUUUAAGAAUUGCUUGAACAACAAUUUGUCUUACAUUUAGAAUGGAAUAAUUUUACUUUAAUUUAUUUUUGGGUAUUGUAUUGAAAAAUUAAAAAUAUAUAAAGGUAUUGAAUAAAAUAAU